AUGGUGGACAUGCUGGAGUUCGGUGGGAGGAAGAAGAAUCAGAUGAAGAACUUGGGAAGAGAGUGUGGGUUCCCCGUGCAGAAUCCAGUGCCGAAAUCUAUAAGCAAGGUUUAUGACAGGCCACAAAAACAUUCUGCUCUGCACUAUGAUCCGGGUCUCCAGCAAGACUUCACCGGUGAUACCUUAAAGUCAAAGCACCAGCAGAAAAGCAGUAACCAGCACCAUCUUGACUGGUCAGCAAGCUCUGAUACUGGAUCCACUUCUCAAAAUUGUUUUGUCAACACAGAAUGUGGUCGAGAAGCUGUUAAUGCCACCAAGGUCCCCGCUCCGGAGCCAGUUGUCUCUUACAGCAAAUCUCAAGUAAAGAAGUCCUGUGCUGGAAGCACGUGGGGACAGCUCUCAGCCAGCAGUAAAGAGCUUGCCAUGUCCAGCGUAGUCCCGUCACCCAACAAUAUUGGUGCAGCCUCCCAACCUAGCAGUGCUUCUGAGUGCAACGGGCUUUUGCCUCUCGUCGAUCCGGAGGGAAGUGUGCAGCUGGAGGUGCCUGAUCAGCCCACAGGGACUGGCAAGAAGAAGUCCAGCAAAAAAGACUUGCUAAGUCAAACCAUCCAAACCACAGACAUCGAAUGGGUGAAGAGUGCUCAGAAAGCAUUUGAAAGCAAAAGCCAUGACAGCAUGGAUGGGAAAAAGGAGUGUUACUCAAUGGAUAGUGUGUUAGACACAUUGUCCACAAAGCAGAAUCCCUGUUCUGCUAGCAGUUCUGAAAGUGACACCAGUCACGUACGAAUUACUAUCCCAAUAAAGUCUCCAACAACAGAUACAUCUGGCCACAAAAGGAAAAAAAGGCAGUCUACAAAAUCUUCCACAGAGAAAACAAUCCAGGAGAAGAGCCUGUCUUCUGGACUUCCUUUGAGCAGUGAAGUAGUAAACAGGACUAGCUUACAAUCAGAGGGGAGUAAAAAAGAUCUUCGAGCUACAAAGCCAGGAAAAGUGAUUGAAAACGAGUCCCCUUUAGGAGCUAUUGAAAGCAGUGUGCUCACUGACAAAGCUUGCCCCAACAGUGCCACUAGGCUCAGAAAAUCCAUAGCUGUGACAUCCACGCUACUACCUACUGAUCUUCCCACUGCUAGCAAAUUAUCUGAGGUCCAGCACCCCAAACUUGCAGCUAAGCGGAGGUGGACCUGCAGCAAACCUAAAUCUAUCCUUCGGGAGGCCUCCAUGGCAACAUCGGAGAAGCUGAUGGUGGAGCCUCCUUCAGCCUAUCCUAUCACGCCAUCCAGCCCUCUGUAUACCAAUACAGACAGUCUUACUGUGAUCACACCUGUCAAGAAAAAAAGAGGACGACCAAAGAAACAGCCUUUGCUCACUGUUGAAACAAUUCAUGAGGGAACCUCCACCAGCCCAGUCAGUCCAAUCAAUUGUGAAUUUCCAGGAACAAAGAAAAGGAAGAGGAGACGGAAUCUAGCCAAGUUGGCCCAGAUGGUCCCAGGAGAGGACAAGUCCAUCAGUGAGCUCAAGUUUCACAAAAAGGUUGGGAAGCUUGAGGUCUUGGAUAAGAAGACCAUCAAGACCAUUAAUAAAAUGAAGACUCUCAAGAGGAAGAAUAUUCUCAAUCAGAUCUUGUCCUCCUGCUCCAGCAACAUAGCUCUGAAAGCAAAAGUUCAGCCACCAUCUAGUGCUGGGCCAACAACCAUUGAUGCCAGACUAGGGAAGCAGAUCAAUGUCAGCAAGAGAGGGACUAUCUACAUUGGCAAAAAACGGGGCAGAAAGCCCAGAGCAGAGCUGCAGCCUCAGCCAGAAGAACCUAAGACAGCCAUCAAGCAUUCAAGGCCUGUUUCCAGCCAGCCAGAAAACCCAGCAGUGCCUUCCAACCUGCAGUCACUUGUGGCAUCGUCACCAGCAGCUAUUCAUCCGCUUUCAACACAGCUAGUGGGGACUAAUGGCAACCUUAGCCCUGCAAGCACUGAAACGAAUUUUUCAGAGUUAAAAACUAUGCCAAAUCUUCAACCUAUCAGUGCUCUUCCUACAAAAACCCAGAAAGGAAUGCACAGUGGAACUUGGAAGCUGUCUCCACCCAGGUUAAUGGCUAACUCACCUUCCCACCUCUGUGAAAUAGGUUCUCUGAAAGAAGUCACGCUGUCUCCGAAACAUCUCAUUGUUGAUAACUUUCUCUCUCAUGAGAGCAUUAAAAAGCCAAAGCACAAGAGGAAAAGGAAAAGCCUGCAGAACAGAGAUGACCUCCAGUUUCUGGCAGACCUUGAGGAACUCAUCAAUAAGUUUCAAGUUUUCAGGAUUUCCCAUAGAAGUUACACAUUUUAUCAUGAGAAUCCAUAUCCCAGCAUCUUCAGGAUUAAUUUUGAUCACUACUACCCUGUGCCAUAUAUUCAGUAUGACCCAUUGCUCUAUCUUCGCAGGACCUCUGACAUGAAGUCUAAGAAGAAGCGUGGUAGACCUGCCAAAACCAAUGACACCAUGACGAAGGUGCCUUUUUUACAAGGGUUCGGUUACCCUAUUCCCAGUGGGAGUUACUAUGCACCCUAUGGAAUGCCUUACACAUCAAUGCCUAUGAUGAAUCUUGGUUACUAUGGUCAGUAUCCAGCUCCUUUGUACCUGUCUCACACGCUCGGAGCAGCUUCCCCAUUUAUGAGACCUACUGUGCCCCCACCCCAAUUCCGUGCAAGCUCUCAUAUGAAGAUGUCCACCACUGCCAAGCAUAAAGCGAAACAUGGAGUGCACCUGCAAACACCUGUGGGAAUGGGCCUUGGAGACAUGCAGUCCUCUCUGGCCCCUCCAAAGGUUGGAGGGACAAGCCUUUCAAGUGGCCGACUUCACAAAAGAAAACACAAACAUAAGCACAAGCAUAAGGAUGAACGGAUACUGGGGACACACGAAGAUCUGAGUGGUCUCUUUGCUAGCAAGUCCACUGGCUUCUCCAGCCAUGUGAUCAAUGAAAGGCUAAGCGGCUCGGAUAAAGACCUCUCCUUGUUCAAUGAGAAAAGCAAGCAUAAGGAGAAACAGAAGCACCAGCAUUGUGAAACCGGACACAAAGGCUCGAAGAGUAACUUUGAAGUGGAUACGCUGUCUAUGUUAUCACUUUCUGAUGCCCAGCAGUGGACACAGAGUAAAGAUAAAGGUGACUCAAGCAACGAUCCCAUUGACUCUUGCACGAAGAGAUACUCUGGUAAUACGGAGAGUAAUGCAAGGUCAGAGUCUCUGGACAUGUUUGGUGAAAUGAAUUCCUCGAGUGACAAGCGGGACAAUGAUGCCAGUGGGAGUAAAAGAAGAAGCUUUGAAGGGUUUGGAACUUACAGGGAAAAGGACAUUCAGCCUUUCAGGAUGAAUAGGAAGGACAGAAGCUCUUAUGAUUCUCCAGCCUCUUCAG